GGCCUCUCACUCGACCCAGCAAAGACCGGCCUCAUUCAUUUCACACGCUCCAAACAACCACACCUAGACCUCCGCAUCCCCACACGGGGCACGCGCCAAAGCUUCACAAUUCAACACUCUAGAGAAAUGAAAUGGCUCGGCAUCACCUGGGACUCGAAACUCUCAUUCACACCCCAUGUCCGGAAAGUGUGUGCAAAAGCCGCAAAGGCAGCUAAUGCUCUGACCAUCUUAGGAAACUCUAUCGGCGGCAUGCACCAGGUCCAAAGGCGCCUAAUCUAUCUCGGCGCUAUCAUUCCCAUGCUGACUUAUGGAGCCUCAACGUGGUGGCGUAAUAAGAAGUUGCACACACAUAUGCUAUCACGCAUUCAA